ACCGGAAAGUCUAGCAUGUUACGUUUAGGAAUACUCAGAGUUAGCCUGCCCCGGCUGCAUGCAAAUCCCACCAACAACAGGCACAGCAUGGCAUACAGUGCGAAGAUAGGUCCGUCCAUCCUGAGCAGCGACCUGUCCUGUCUGGGCAGCGAGUGCGUGCGGAUGAUGGAGUGCGGGGCGGACUAUCUGCACCUGGACGUCAUGGACGGGCACUUUGUCCCCAACAUCACAUUCGGCCAUCCCAUGGUGGAGUGUCUGAGGAAGACUGUAGGACAGGAUCCUUUUUUCGACAUGCACAUGAUGGUGUCCCGGCCGGAGCAGUGGGUGCAGCCCAUGGCUGCAGCAGGAGCCAGCCAGUACACCUUCCAUUUAGAAGCCACCACCAAUCCUGGAAACCUCAUCAAGGAGAUAAGGGAGAGCGGGAUGAAGGUGGGAUUGGCCAUUAAGCCUGGUACUACUGUGGAGGAGCUGGCACCCUGGGCCAACCAGAUCGACAUGGCCCUGGUCAUGACUGUGGAGCCUGGGUUCGGAGGACAGAAGUUCAUGGAGGACAUGAUGCCCAAGGUGAGCUGGCUGCGGAAUCAGUUUCCCUCAUUAGACAUUGAAGUAGAUGGAGGCGUCGGCCCUGACACCAUUCACAAGUGUGCAGAGGCCGGGGCUAACAUGAUCGUUUCAGGCAGCGCUUUGAUCGCCAGCGACGACCCUCGAUCCGUUAUCGCGCUCCUGCGCACGGCAGUGGCUGAAGCAAUCCAGAAACGCUCACUGGACCGCUGACACGUUGUGUUCCUGAGAGCCCCCCUCAGACAAUAACAAGCUGCAGCCGCCAGGGGAAACGACUCAACAUGGACAUUUGUGGGAGAAUUGGGGUCGAGGGGUCACGAUCAGAACGAGGGGAUUCUGUUUUUUUUUUUUGCAAACAGCCAAAACACAAUCAGUGGGAUUAAAGCUGCAUCGCGCCUGUUUUAACUUUUCCCGCCAAAAGUCUGUCAACUCAUAUUGAGACUUCUCUUGGCACAGGAAGUACUCCAGAACCGGAGCUAAAGUUUACGUCAAUAAACUCUAUGAGCAUUCCAGAGCACCGUCUUAAAUACAAAUGGCCCAAGAAUCAAUUUUUGUAUGUAUUUAGCUUGAAAAGUUGCUUUUCUGUUCCUUUCCAUUUGAAAUAAUGUUUCAAAGAUCCCCAAAAAGAAAAUAAACAAUGGUUCGUUUUGUUGAAAUCACAUGGUACUGACUAUACUACUGAAAAAAAUACAUACUGUAUUCCAGGAGAUUGAUUUUGCAGAUUAAAAACUCAAGAGUU